AUUACUGGUCGCCGCCUCUGACCGCCCCGCUCCCAGCCUCCCACUCCACACUCUCGCCACCUCACUCCGCCGCAUCACUGCCCCACCCCGCCCGCCUCCGCCAUGGCCGCGCCCGGCGCCAGCGCCGGCAGCCGGCGCGCCUCCACCUCCCGCCCCCGCCGCGCCUCCGCGGCGGCGGUGGAGUCCAACGAGAACGACGACCUCGCCGCUGCGCCCUCCACCUCUUCCUCCGUAUUCGCACACCCCGCCGCCUCAGUUCCGCAUUUCUCGCUGCCCCCGAGGUCGCCGCUCGCGGCCAUCGCGGAUCCCGGGCGGAACCCGCGGUCCGCGCCGGUGACGCCGAAGUCGCUGGCCGGCACGCCCAGGGCCUGCGUGGCGGGGACUGGGGCCAGGGACCGGACCUCGUCGGUUGGGGCGGCGAGGAGGGUGUUCGAUCUGAGGGAUCUCGGGGGUCCGGAGGUGCCUCUGGAGGUGCCGCACUUCGAGCUCGACGAGGACCCCGCGUUCUGGAAGGAUCGCAAUGUGCAGGUGUUGAUACGAAUAAGACCAAUUAAUGAUACCGAGAAUGCCACUCAUGGUCAGAAAAGAUGCUUGCUGCAGGAUAGCUCAAAGACAUUGAGCUGGAAUGGACCUCCCGAAACAAUGUUCACGUUUGACCAUGUUGCAUGUGAAACAAUAUCACAGGAAAAGCUAUUCAAAGUUGUGGGUCUGCCAAUGGUGGAGAACUGCAUGUCUGGAUACAAUGGCUGUUUGUUUGCCUAUGGUCAGACGGGAAGUGGGAAAACUUACACAAUGAUGGGAGAACUUGCCAAGUUGGGCAAUGAGCUUAGUAAGGACUCUGGCUUGACACCUCGCAUUUUUGAAUAUCUGUUUGCACGGAUAAAUGAGGAAGAAGAGCUCCGGAGAGAAGAAAAGCUUAAAUAUAUCUGCAAAUGCUCUUUUCUUGAGAUUUACAAUGAACAGAUAACUGAUCUACUUGAACCAUCAUCAACCAAUCUUCAGAUCCGUGAAGAUAUAAAGAAAGGUGUAUAUGUUGAAAAUCUUAUGGAAUGUUAUGUGUCAUCUGUUGAAGAUGUUAUGUUGCUAUUGCUACAGGGGGUUGCAAACAGGAAAAUGGCUGCCACAAAUAUGAAUAGCGAGAGCAGCCGCUCACAUAGUGUCUUUACUUGUGUAAUUGAGAGCCGUUGGGAAAGUGAUUCGAUGACACACCUUCGUUUUGGGAGGUUGAACUUGGUUGAUCUUGCUGGUUCUGAGAGGCAGAAAAGCUCAGGUGCUGAAGGAGAACGAUUGAAAGAAGCUGCAAACAUUAAUAGAUCAUUGUCUACCCUUGGGCUCGUUAUCAUGACUCUAGUGGAUGUUGCAAAUGGGAGAAACCGUCAUGUUCCCUAUAGAGAUUCAAGGCUUACAUUUCUCCUCCAGGAUUCCUUAGGAGGGAACUCUAAAACGACAAUUGUUGCAAAUAUCAGCCCAUCUAUUUGUUCUUCCAGUGAGACAUUGAGUACAUUGAAGUUUGCUCAACGUGCGAAGCUGAUUCAAAAUAAUGCAAAAGUAAAUGAAGACGCUUCGGGAGAUGUUAUGGCUUUACAAAGGCAGAUAGAGGAACUAAAGGAUCAACUGACAUGCUUGAAGAAGCAGCAAAAUUGUCCUGGAUCACCUGGCUUGCAGCUGCUUGAUUCAGACUUUGCGAACGAAUUCAAAUCUUUGUGUGGAGUAGAUGAUCAACCAGACUGUGAUCUGAAUGUACUAAAGCAAAAGGUUAGUCACCUAGAAGAUGUCUUGGUUGGGAGCCUCAGGAGAGAGAAAUCAGCAGAGACCAAGAUUGGGAAACAGGAAGCGGAAAUACAGCAUUUGAACCGUUUGAUCAACCUGAUGGAAUCUGAUGCACAACGCUUGAGGAGGCGACUCGAACUUCGUGGUGAAAAACAAAGAUUGCAUUCAAUGGAUGAAAAUGCUGCAUUGUACCAGGAGAUUCAGCUAUUGCAGGAACAAAUCAAUGAGAAUCCUCAAUUGACUCACUUUGCUUUGGAAAACAAGAGAUUGAUUGAGGAACUUACAAUGCUUCAAAACUUCUACAAGCAAGGGGAAAGAGAGAUGUUACUAACAGAGAUAUCUCUUUUGCGCAAUCAUUUCCUUCACAUUCUUGAGCAGAAAUAUACAACAGCUCCGAAAAAUGUAGAAACUCAGGGUGAUGAGACCAUCAAGGAGCUUGACAAUUGCAGGAAGGAACUGGAUGCAUGCUUAGAAAACAAUGUUCUGUUAGCUCGUGAAGUAAAUAAACUUCGCUGUGAACUGAUACAAUACCAGAAGGCUUGCACAAAUCAAGUUGCUCCUGAGGCAGAGGAGAAUGUUGUGGUCACAAGCAUCAAUGCAAUGGAAAAUAAUCAAGCUGGACAGAAUUUUUCAUGUUUAUCAUCAGAUGAUGUUAGCAAGCAGUUCAUGCAAGCAGGGACCAUGGCUAAUAUUUCAGAAUCAUUUCAACUUGAGUUACCUUAUGAAAUUGAUAGCGAAGAUCUGGAGUCACCUUCUCAUUUGCACUAUCCAGAAACACAUGAUUUAUGUCAUGCCCAUGAAAAAGCUCCAGUGAUGGGUAUACAUUUACAUGAUGAGACUUUAUUAUGUCAAGAGAGUGAAAUGGUGAACUCUAGGAAACAUCAAUCACAUGAAGAGUUGGAGCGCCUUAAAAGAACAAAUCGAGAGCUCACAGAAAAGUUAGUCAUUAUGGCUGAAGAAAGUAACAGGCUUUCAGAGAUUAUUGUUGCAAAAGAUGUAGAAAUUGCUUCUUUGUCUGAAGAAUGGGAGGCUGCAAUUUUUGAUCUAAUGAGCUUCUUAACAGAUGGAUGUAGAUCACUAGAUGAUGCAUAUCAGAACAUUGAUAAUAUGAUUAGCUCAUUUCCUCACAGUAGUAGUUCUGUAAGUGAACAUGUGGAGAAGGCUAUGAAAGUUAGCAUUGAGAAGGAAAAGAUGAUCUUCAAACUUCAAAUUGAACUACAAGCUGCACAGAAAAUUGGCAGGGAAGUGAAGGAAAAGUUGCACAUUUUAAGAGGUGCAACUCUUGCUAUUACUGAAGCUCAGCAGUUGGAUAAUGAAGAAAGCUCUCAGGAAGAACUACAACUAGUAGGUUUAUUGCACCAAAAGGAUUGUAUAAUACAAGAACUAAAGAACCAUUUGAAAGCAGGAAAAUGUCGCUUUGCAGAAACAGCAGAAGAACAUUCUUGUAAUGACCUAAUAUUGCCUGAUAAUUCAGUUGACAUGAUUGAGGAACAGCCUGAUGAAAAUGAACCAACAGGUCAAGCUAAUCCAGAUUACCAGUCAAAGCUUGAUAGCAUGCUACAUCUUGUUGAAGACAAAUCAAAUAAGGUUCUGACCUUAUUCUCAAAUUUUGAGGCGGCUCAAGAAACCAUGGAAGAGGCUGAACUUAUGCUUUCAGCUUUGUUGAAGGUCAAUGAAGAAUUGAAACUUGAAAGAGAUAAUUGUAGGCAAGCGGUGGAAUUGUUAUUGUCUGAGAAAACUUCUCUGAUCAGUGAGUUGAAGGAACUUGAAGCAUCAAGUUCUUGUACAUCACAGAGGUAUGACAAAUUGCACCAACAGAUAAAUGAUUGUGUAGUAGAGAUGGCUGAGCUUGCUUCUACAAUAAGGGGGUCGUUUCAGCAAAUGCAAAGGGUCUCUACAGUAGAACUCUUUGCUCUUUGCUCGGAGAUUAUUACUUUUGGCCAAGACUUGAAGAGAUGUAUAAGGGAGUCAAGGUCAUAUAUAGUUAACAUGGCAUCACUUAUAGAAGAAAAAGGCAGAUCUACAAAGCAGUUCCAGCACCUCAAUGCAAAUACUUCUGGGUCUGCUUGUCAGCAGGUAGAGUCGCAUACAUGUCAAUGCGGUAGCAGCAAACCUGACUUUUCUCAAUCUGAUUAUAGUACAGAUUAUGCAUCACUCAGAAGAGAGUUUGACAGGAAGAUUAAUAUAGCAGAAGGAUUGUCUUUUGACCUCAAACUACUGCAAGAGUCCACCUCAAACGCGAAAGAUAUGAAAGACAAAGCUGAUGAAAUAUCUACUGCCCUUAGCAAUGUUCAAAGAGAACUAGAUAUAAAAACUGAUGCAAUGGAAAACAUGUUAAGAAAACAGAAGGCACUUGAGGAAGAACUGGUUGAAAAUGGUGCUGUACUCACAGUUUUAAGAUCAGAGUUAGAGAGAUCUCAAAGUUUAUCAUCGGCGCUAUUGAAGGAGAACAAAGAUCUGAGAGUAAUGUUGGAAGAGGAAACUGUGAAGAAUAGUGAAAUAAAAGUCCUGUUGGAAGACAAAGUUAAUGUCAUAGAGGGAUUGGAGAGCCAGAUACUUUUGCUAAAUCGUUCUGAAGUGGGGCAAUUAAUGUCAGAUAUUGAAGAAUUAAAAAAUAACAUUAAAAUAAUGAAUAGUAAUAGGGAAAAUCUCCAGGCAGAGAUACUUACAUUAAGGGACAAGCUUGAGAUGGCAAUGGCUUUAUCUGAGGAAAAUGAAGCUGCUGCUAUUGAAGCUCGUCAAACUGCAGAGAUCAGUAAAAUCUAUGCUGAGGAGAAAGAGGAGGAAGUUAAGAUUCUUGAACGAUCUGUUGAGGAACUUGAAGGAACAGUAACUGUACUCGAGGAAGAGGUAUGCAACCUUAAAGAGGAAGUAAGGAGCUAUCAACUACAUAAACAAUCUGAAGACCAAUUACAAGCUGUUGGUGACAUGCUUUCUGUAGAAAAAGCAUCAAAAUGUGAUGCUGCUGGGGAAUUGUGUCAAGGGAAAUGUCAUCUAGAAAAAAGAUUACAAGCUGAGAUUCUUGCACAUCAAGAUGUUAGAAAGAGGAUUGAACAUCUCACACUGGAAGUAAAACAUAAAGAUGAUGAGAUUAGGCAAUACAAAGAGCAUAUUGCUGAAUUGGUCCUGCACUCAGAAGCACAAUCUUUGUUGUAUCAGGAGAAGUAUCAUGAGAUGGAGCACAUGGUUUCAAGACAGAAGUUUGUUCCACAUGAAUCCAGUUCUGAUAUUGUCCAUGCCAAAACUGAAAAGCCUUCGGGGCGAGCAAGAGGAUCUGGUUCACCUUUCCGGUGCAUAUCUAGCAUUAUUCAACAAAUGAACUCUGAGAAGGAUCAAGAAAUUUCAGUGGCACGCCAACGAAUUGAAGAACUAGAAGGGUUGGUUAGUGGUAAACAGAAAGAGAUAUGCUUGCUAACCUCGAGACUGGCUGCUGUGGAUACCAUGACGCAUGAUAUUAUAAGGGAGCUACUUGGCGUCAAACUAGACAUGACAAACUAUGCUAAUUUGCUUGACCAAGAAGAACUGCAAAAGCUGCUAAUAGCAUCCCAACAACAAAUUGAACAAUCAAAGGCGAAGGACACAGAACUCGAGGUGCUCAGAGAAGAACUUGGUCGUCUCAUUCUGGAAAGGGACAGCUUGCUUGAUGACAUGGACCAAAGGAAGACAGAUCUAUUGGAGACUCAACUGCUUGUUGAACAGCUUGAGCAAAGGGAGCAAAUGUUGGAAACGCAGAUCGAAAUAUUGCAGUUGGAGAAAGAUAGCCUUCAACAGAAGAUAAUGGAGAUGGACGAGACCAUGGAGCUGCUAGUCGGAUCAAAUCAACCAGAUACAAAUCUACGAAUGGGUGAUCAUGGCAGCAGCGAGUUCAGCAGGAGGCUAGCUCAGUCGGACAUGCUCCUCUCCCACGCGAGGCAGGAACACUCUCGCAGCCACGCGACCCGAAGCUCGAGGGCGCAUCAUGGCCGAUAUCGCUGAAGGAUUGCUGGUGCGUCAGACGUCGGACACCGCUUGUGUUUGCAGAUUGGCAGCGGCACGACCACGUAGGGACUUGUACAGAUUGUUUCGAGAGCUGAGGUCCAAACGGCGAUGACUAGAAAAAACUCUCGACGUGUAGUCUUAGGACCUGCGCGCCUGUAAAUCUGAUAAGUGAGAAUGCAAUGUACGCGUUGCUUUUGUGAAGUGUUCUACAUGGUAGAUUCCGGCUUUCAACAAAGAUUUAGUUCCCUGAACCGGCUCAAAAUGUCACGAUCUCACCGAGAUCGUUUCUGUCUUGUACAAUUGUGACCGACGUUUACGGGCUACGGCUCCAGUUGAAAUA